AUGAGGGUGGGGAGACGCGUGUGGCGGCAUUGGCCGCUCGGCACCACUGUGUGCUUGCGUGCCGCUCGCGUCCCCUAUCUGAGCCCCUCGGGCCAGCUCCUUGUGCGCGACUCCGAGCCGCAGGAUGACUCUUUUCUCGACGUGGAUGCCUCGGACUUGGCCACCGAAAAUCUAUUUGGAUAUGGCGUGACCGUGCGAGCGCUGGGGAUCCAGGGCACCGGAAGCGGCGCCGAGUUAAGGGUUGAGGGUGUGCAGCGUUGCAAGCUCAAGGCCAUCGCCAACGAGCGCCAGUACUUUGAGGCGACCGAAUACGAACUGUGCCCUGACACAGUCAACCUCAAGGAUAAAAAGACACGCGAGCUUUUUGCCACCCUCAAGUCCCAGUCCCUGGAGCUAGUCUCCAUUCUCCGCGUGUCCUCCUUUUUCAAUAACCGGUCCGACCUUCGAGCAGCUCUCUCGCCCCUUCUCGCCCAGCGACUCAAUAUGUUCAUCAUGAAGAAGGACGUCAAGGACGCCGGGUCUCUUGCCGACUUCAUGGCCAAUAUCUUGGAUACUUCUUAUGAGGAGAAGCUACAAAUCCUUGCCGCCAUCAACGUCAAGACUAGAAUGACGAAAGUAAUCGAGCUGCUCCAGCGCGAGGUCUCCGACAUUAAAGGCAAUAUUAGCGUCACGACCGUCACGGCUAUCCCUUCGCAGAUCCUUGAUCGGCUCAAUAACCGUCAGAUCAAGUCUGGAAAUGUGCCCAUCACUGGUGCAGCAUUAAACAUGACGCCACCUGCGGGCAUCCCACCCAAUCCCCAGGAUAAUAAUAAGGAUCCCAACGAGCUCGAGCUCCUCCAGAAGAAGUUGGACGCGGCCAAUCUUCCUCCGGAUGCAGCCAAGCUUGCUGAUCGGGAAAUGAAGCAUCUUAAGAAUAUGAUGCCAGGUGGCAAUGAAUACUCGAUCACCAUGACUUGGCUAGAGACGCUGGCAGAGGUCCCCUGGUCGACCGUCACAGAGGACAGGCUCGGCGCAGAGACUCUCGUCAAGGCCAGGAAGCAGCUCGAUGAAGACCACUGUGGUCUUGACAAGGUCAAGAAGCGACUAAUCGAGUAUCUCGCUGUGUUGAGACUGAAACAAUCCCUCAAUGAUGACAUCGAGGAGCAGAUUAGGAGAGCCGAGGAGGAGGAAGCCAAAUUAAAUGCCGAAAAAGAGGCAGAGGCCAAAGAGGAGACUCCCCGUCCACGAGAAAUCCCCCAAGUUGCUUCCUCCAAGCUCGAGUCUCUGAAGGCACAGCGGGCGGUGGACAAGUCACCCAUCCUCCUCUUGGCUGGGCCGCCUGGUGUCGGCAAGACAAGUCUCGCGAGAUCCAUCGCGAGCGCGUUGGGUAGAAAGUUCCAUCGCAUCUCGCUGGGCGGCGUGCGAGACGAGCCCGAGAUCCGCGGCCAUCGUAGAACCUACGUAUCCGCCAUGCCUGGAGUGAUUGUCCAAGGGCUCCGGAAGGUUGGUGUGUCGAAUCCCGUUUUCCUGCUCGACGAGAUAGACAAGCUAGGCAAGGCCAGCAACAUGGGUGACCCGUCGGCCGCCAUGCUCGAGGUCCUAGAUCCCGAGCAGAAUCACACUUUCACAGAUCACUAUCUCGGCACCCCUUGA